GGGGCAACUUUACUACUUUUUUAUGUUGCACGCAUCCAUGGCAGAAAACAUAAGGCAGACACAGUACCUGGGAAGGGGGUGUUAGAGUUGGAGCAGCUGUUUGUUCACAACAAGAAAUUUGUUUCAGAUUUCGCCCCUCAAAUCUCAUCUGAUUACCUUUUUCAGAAAAAUUGCUUCUUCAAUCGGAACAGUUACAGCUUUGUUGAGCCCACCUCUGUCCUGGAUUCUGCAAGAAUUCCCAGCCGGCCCGCGUCUUCCUCAACACCGUCUUCUUCCCUAGGCGGCGGCGGCGGGGGUGCUGCUUCGGCGGAUACGGCCGGCGUGGCGGCGGUCUCGGACGCGGGUCCCUCUCCCAAAUGGCAGCAGCACGACUCCACGACUGCCACCAGCGGCGGAGGCGGGGCUGACCCAGACCUCCUCCCAGUCCCCCCUUCCCUCGAUAUCUGCGCCGCAGGCGGGAACACGGAGAAGUUCGCCAUGGAGGACUGGGAGGGCGUUCUGUCGGAGUCGGUGGCCGUCUCCCCCGGCGGUGAACACUCCCUUUUCCGGUGGAUCAUGGGCGACCCUGAGGACCCCUCCUCCAUGGGAGGCCUGAGCCGGGGCCUCCACAUCGGCGACGGCGGCGGCGGCUCAACAACGCCGGAGCUCGAUUUCGGCGGCGGCUUCUCGGCGAGUGUGGAUCAGGGUUUCGGCUCCGGGGAAUGCUUCCUGCCGGCUGUCCCAAACUUCCCCACCAACAGCAGAUCUGAAAAGGGUAACAGCUUCAGUUGGGCCUCCAACAAUUCCUUAUCUUCAAAUCCGCCCACUAAUUUCAAAUUCUCUCAGAAUAUUACACAAAACCCAUCUCCACCCUUCAACCCCAACCUCAGCCCCAUAGCUUUCGAUUCAUCACCUGAAAUUAAGCCUCCCAUUUUCAAUCCCCAGCUACUAAUCAACCAUCACCAAGCCCAAAACACUCAAAACCCUUCCCUUUUCCUCCCCCUCUCCCUCCCCCAGCACCAGGGCCCGAACCUCUUCGGCCCGCCACAGCCCAAGCGUCACAACCCCGGCGAGACUAUCGACGUAGGGUUUCAGCCCGGCGGGUUGACCCCAAAGGGCCCGUUCACCGACACCGGGCAGCCCCCAGAAUUCUUGAUGGCAAGAGAAAACCUUCACCCCCACCAGCUCCAGUUCCUCCCCCCUUACCUCCACCAUCGGCCCACCGGGCUGGCUGUGGGCCCAGGCCCAAGGCCUAAGCCCGAUGACUGCCACCAGCUUCAGCAGACCGUGGUGGACCAGAUUUACAAAGCAGCUGAGCUGGUCCAAAUCGGAAACCCAAACCUGAUUCAAUUCGCGAGCGAGGUCAAUAUCGGGUUCGAAUUCGACGUGAUGGACUUGGACUCACUGAGUUCCGGGUCUUGGCCCAGCUCGUUUGGUGGCGAGGCAGUCGUGGUGAAUCUCCCGAUCAGCUCUCUGGCAUCUAGCUGCCAGCUGUCGCCGCCUUUCGUUCUUCGUUUUGUGAAACAGCUGUCGCCAAGAAUUGUUGUCUCGGUCGAGAAAGGAUUCGAAAGAAAUGAUUUGCCUUUCGCUAAUCACAUUAUCCACGCUCUUCAAUCGUGCUCGAAUCUGCUCGAGUCUUUAGAUGCUGUUAACAUGAACGUGGAUUCACUGCAAAAAAUUGAGCGGUUUUUGCUGCAGCCCGCGAUUGAGAAAAUCGUGUCAGGUCGUUUUCGAGCCCCUGAGAAGACACAGCACUGGCGUGCCUUAUUCUUGUCGAACGGUUUCUCGCCUGUAAUGUUCAGUAAUUUAACGGAGUCCCAAGCGGAGUGUGUGAUCAAGAGGACUCCAGUUCGAGGGUUUGAAGUCGAGAAAAGGCAGUCGAGUCUCGUGCUUUGCUGGCAGAGGAAGGAGCUUAUCUCUGCCUCGGCUUGGAGAUGCUAA